AUGAGGAUGACGGUUAAUACCUUUGAGGUUCGCGAAAGGUAUUUUCAACAGGGAAGAAUGGGAAUACGUGUUGAAAGAGCAAGGAAGCCAAAUUCAAAGACAAAACAAGCUUUGAAAUUUUGUGAUAUUCAUCGUGGUUCCAUCAAGAAACAACGUUCUGUGUCUGUGACAGCAUUAAAAGCUGCCAUUGCUGAACCUGCAGAGGCACCAAAAGUUGAAACAUACGAAAAUCCAAUGCUUGCAAAUUAUGUACCUGUAUAUGUGAUGCUCCAACUAGGAGUGAUUACAGGUGACAAUGUCUUGGCGAAUAGAGCAGGACUCGAGAAACAGCUGAAGGAGCUACGAGCGGCAGGUGUUGAUGGAGUUAUGGUUGAUGUCUGGUGGGGUAUUGUAGAAUCAAAAGGUCCUCAGCAGUAUGAUUGGUCAGGAUACAGGUCCUUGUUUCAGCUCGUUCAGGACUGCAAACUGAAAUUACAAGCUAUAAUGUCGUUUCAUCAAUGUGGAGGGAACGUUGGAGAUUCUGUUUUCAUUCCAUUACCUAAAUGGGUUCUUGAAGUUGGUGAAUCAGAUCCUGAUAUUUUUUACACCAACCGUACAGGAAUUCGGAACAAGGAAUGUAUUUCCCUUGGUGUGGAUGAUAAACCUUUCUUUAAUGGAAGAACUCCCAUUCAGAUGUAUAGGGACUAUAUGAAGAGUUUUAGAGAGAAUAUGGCAGAUUUCUUAGAAUCUGAGCUACUGAUAGAUAUUGAAGUAGGACUUGGCCCUGCUGGAGAACUCAGAUAUCCUUCUUAUUCAGACUGUCUAGGCUGGAAAUUUCCUGGUAUCGGAGAAUUUAUCUGCUAUGAUAAAUAUCUUCAAGCUGAUUUCAAAGAGGCUGCAACAAAGGCAGGCCAUCCUGAAUGGGAGCUGCCGGAUAAUGCAGGGUUAUGUAAUGACAUACCUGAAUCUACGGAGUUUUUCAGAUCAAAAGGAACUUAUCAAACAGAGAAAGGGAAAUUUUUUCUUACUUGGUAUUCCAACAAGUUGCUGACACAUGGUGAUGAUAUCUUGGAUGAAGCCAACAAAAUAUUCCUAGGAUGCAAAGUGAAGUUAGCAGCAAAAAUUGCUGGAAUCCACUGGUGGUAUAAAACUGAUAGCCAUGCUACAGAGCUUACUUCAGGAUAUUACAACUUAAGCGAUAGAGAUGGAUACCGUCCCAUAGCAAGGAUGUUCUCUAGACAUAAUGCCAUUUUGAAUUUCACAUGUCUUGAGAUGAGAAAUUCUGAGCAACCAGAAGAAGCCAAAAGUUGUGCCCAGGAACUUGUUCAGCAGGUUCUGAGUGGAGGAUGGAGAGAGAACCUUGAAGUAGCUGGGGAAAAUGCACUUCCAAGGUAUGACACUGAAGGUUACAACCAAAUCCUUCUAAACGCUAGACCAAAUGGUGUUAAUAAAAAGGGCCCUCCAAAACUAAGGAUGUAUGGAGUCACAUACCUACGUUUGACAGAAGAAUUAUUCCAGAAACAAAAUUUUGAUAUAUUCAAAACCUUUGUGAAAAAGAUGCAUGCUGAUCAGGAUUAUUGUCCGGACCCAGAGAAAUACUAUCAUUACACGGUUCCUAUGGAAAGGUCAAAACCGAAGAUUCCAUUGGAGAUUCUUCUUGAAGCAACCAAAUCAGUGAAGUCAUAUCCAUGGUCUGAAGUAACCGAUACGAGUGUUAUUGAAGCUAGUGGAUUUUUUGCUGAUUUAAUAGCACUGAUCCUGUCUAUCUUUAGGAGAAACCGAAACUGA